UAAAUUUAUAGUUGUAUUUUAUGUGAUAAAAGGUGAAGGGAUCAUCAGUAGAUAAGGUUAAAAGUUCAAUUAAAUGUAGAUAACGAAAUGCAUUUUGAUGGUUUCAAGUGGAAAUUGCAACAAAGUAAUAAAAUGAAACUUGCGAAAAUGUGAACUAAACAAUUUGAUAUUACAACAAUGGCAAACGUACCGUGUACAUUACUUUUGAAAUCUACUGAUACUUCGAUAGUAACACCUGACGCUGUCUACGUAUGUAGCAGAUAAACAAAUGUUCAAAUUUGGAGUUAAAAGUAUUGAAAAAAGAGAAGACGAAGUAAUGGUUAAGCUAUUAUACACCCCGAGAGCUCAUACAAUGCUUAAAAAAUUAGGCAAUUUACCCAUUGCAUAUUUAAGAUUAGCGGUGGAGGAUGAUUGUGAAUUACAUAUACUAAGAAAUCUGUAUCAACGCUAUACAUUUAAUUUAAAGGAUGAUGAAGGAGAAAGUUUACAAAUGGUGAAAGAUAGUACAGAAGGUAGGCUAAUGAUAAGUGAUGGAAGAGAAACGGAGAAAAUCGUGAUGCAGCAGCAGCAGCAGCAACCACCACAGCAGACGUCGAUAAGUGAAAAAAGAAAAGUAAAUUUUGUAUUUCCAAACAACGAAGAAAAAUGCAACAAAAAAAAAUUAUUGGAAAGUAGGAUGAAUAAACCAUGUUCAACAAUGACGCAGAAGCAGCCGCAAUCGCCACCAAACGAAUUAGUAGAAGUGUAUGAUGAUGAUGCAUUUGAUUUUAACAGCCAAAAAUAUUCAUUGCAAGAAUUGUAA